UAGGAUGUGAUGCAACUAGCUUGGGAGGCAGGUAAUGCCGUGGAUAUUAUAUAUAUGUCAAUGGAUAUAACCUCCACGAGGGAGCUAACUUGAUAACAUCUACAGUUCCAAGAAAAUGAAUAAUACAGACACAUAAACAAGCGUCGUGUUUUCUGCAACGAUGCUGUGUUUGGGUGUAAAUGCGGCGAGGUCGUCGGUGUCUUUACAAAAGCUAUCGUCACGACGACUACACUUCCGAGAGGGGUCUCUAAAGCCCACAGCCUGCACACCGGUGUCCCAUAACCGCUCAGAAUGAAUCUGGAGCCGCCCAAAGCUGAGAUCAAGUCGGCCACCCGUGUCACUGGCGGCCCCGCCACCCCACGCAAGGGACCGCCCAAGUUCAAGCAGAGGCAGACCCGUCAGUUCAAGAGCAAGCCUCCGAAGAAGGGAAUCCAGGGCUUUGGUGAUGAUAUCCCUGGGAUGGAGGGCUUAGGCACAGACAUUACUGUCAUUUGCCCCUGGGAGGCCUUCAAUCACCUGGAGCUGAAUGAGCUGGCCAAGUACGGCAUCAUCUAAGGCCACGUUCGCACACUUCAAACCAUCCGCCUCACGCUCCAUCUUCUAACUUCCAAUGGAACUAUUCAAAAAAAAAAAAAAUGACCAUAACGGACUGUAACAAACACAAAAAAAAAUGAAAAAGGAGAAAAAUGAUCUACAAAAAAAAGAACACUUUCUGUCCUCUUUCACCGUAUUUUUCUGUUUCUGCACUUAGGAUCUGUUUAUUUGAUUCUGACGUCUUCACUAUACUGUAGAUCUGCACUGUUACUCUGAACCGCCAGCAUCCUUUCAAUUCUCUCGCUGCUCUUCUUUUCUCUCACCUUUCCCCCUCUUAUUUUCUAUUAUUUCAAAAACGUGAAACUUACGCAAGCAAUAGCAGCCUCAAAUUGAGUUUAAGUGGCAAACCCGUGAAGUGGGUGGGUUCCCACUUCACGUGCUUUAAGGGCCUCUUUUGGCACAUCUCAGAGUCCAUCAACAGCCGGACGUGAAAACACAAAAACCUGAAUUCUGUAGGGACUGGAACACCAGUUUGCCCAUUGCUGAGCGUAACAUUUCAGUUGGAUAACGUUAAUCAAUCAUCAUGACAUAUCCCACUUUUCCUUCUGUUCUGACCAACACUUAGCUGCAUCUAUUUUCUUUUUCUUAAAAAAAAAAUCUUUGUCAUUAUUGUUCUUAACUUGAAGAGAAGUGAACUGUAUACACUCAUUGCCCGGCCCUCGUGUGUUCUCUCUGACAUUCUCCUGUCUGUUGGUUCGUGUGUUUAUGUGUAAAUGUUUUUUGGGUCUGUAGACUGUUAAAAAAUGAAUUGCCCCUUUUAUAAAUAUAAAUAAAGUAGUUUGAACUUGAACUUGAAAAUGUUCUAACCAUCAUAAUAUGUGGAUAUCUGAUGCAUGUGGGGAGGUGCUCUCAGUAAAAAGAAAUCUUUAAAACCAACUGAGAAGAGAACAAAUGUCCAGGAAAUUCCUUCCUUG